CAAUUUAUAAACAGAAACCUGGUCGUAUUGUUUUGAAUGUUUUAUUUAUAUUUAAAAUAAAAUCUUUAAAAAGACUUUAAUAUUGAGAUUUAUUGGAAUGUUAUCAAGACACUCAUGUAUCUAAGAAGAAGUACAACUUUAAAAUACCUAAUAGGAAUCCCACUGGCCGUUGCUUUCUAUUGUGAAUGGUUUGUGUUUGUGAUUCAACCACUAUUUUGGCAAAAAAUAGAAUGCGAACACAAUUUAAAAUGUACCAAGAUCCUCUUUAUAGCGGAUCCACAAAUACAAGGGGAUUUAGCCGUUCCUUCGCCUUUGAAUGUACUCUUCAAUUGGGACAGUGAUAGGUACUUGAGAUCAACUUUUUCAGUAGUAAUAAAACAUUUUAAGCCAGAUGUAUUAGUAUAUUUGGGAGACUUAAUGGAUGAAGGUUCAAUUUCCAGUCAAGUUGAAUUUCAUAGCUAUGUGAAAAGACUAUCUAAUAUAUUUGAUGUAUAUUAUCCUAUAGUGCAAGUAUGGCUACCAGGUGACAACGACAUAGGUGGUGAAAAUGAGCCAAUAAAACAUGACAAAGUUAUUGAGUUCAAUAAAGUUUUCAAUCAACCAUCAGUAAUUAGCUUCAGAAAUAUAACUUUUUACAAAGUUAAUUCUAUAAUGUACAAAGUACCACAGGGCCCCGAUGAUGCUGAUCUAAAUGUGAAAAUUGCUGUGGCACAUUAUCCGGUUUUAUCUAAAGGUGUUUAUGGACGGCAGGUUAAUAAGGCAAUACGACCAGAGAUAUAUUUCUGUGCUCAUGAGCACAUGUCGAAGUAUUUUAAGCAGACUAAGAAUUUUGAAUAUAAAGAAACACAUCUGCUUCAAAUGAAUGAUCCCGUAUUGGAUGUUGCAUUUGAUGAUGAGUGGUUGUACGAAAUAUUCGUACCAACGUGUUCCUACAGAAUGGGAACAGAUAAAAUGGGAUAUGGGGCUGCAAUUAUAGAAAACAAUCAUAUGAAAUACACAGUAUUCUGGUCGCCGAAACGGUUCCCGCAUUUGUUUGUUUAUUUGUUUAUAUUAAUAAUAAUUUUCAUCUAUGGAUGUUGCUUUUGUUGUGUGCGAAUGAUCUCGCGACAAACCAAACUUAUUAGGAAUGAAGACAUCCUACCCUUAUUACAUCGAACAUAAUAUAAAAAUAAUAAUUUUAUAGAUAUUUUAUAUAGUACUUUGGCAGUAUUAACACCAUUGAUUUAUACGUAUACUACCAGACGCGCUAUCUUGCGCACUAAGUUACGGUCAAUUGACCACAACUUAUUUAGUCGCGUACUUUUUACUAGAUUUACCUUAGAGGGAGCGAUACAAUCGAUAUGCCAAAAGCGGAAAAGAUAAAACAUUUUUUUUAACAAAUAUUAUUAAAAACUACAAUUACUAUUCAAGUAAUUUCACUAUAAUACUCUCAGAGACAAACAGGAAAAGAUAAAAACCAAUGUGUCUCACUGAACUAAAACCACCUCUCCUGCUUUUUCUCCUUUUUCUGUUGCUGAGACAAUUUUAAUUUUGAACAGCUUGUCUAGUAGUCCACAUAAGUCAAUGGUUUCCAUCCGUUCGAACUGUCUAUUUUAACAAGAAGAACCGACAAGUAUAUUAUCUUAAAUAUUAAUAGGUGCUAAAUGUAACCGUUUCAUUGUUUAAUUUAUUUUAGGAAAAAGGUGACAAUAAAUACAAAAUAAUUUAUCAAAUUACAUUUAAUACACAAAUUAUAAUCAGAACAUAAUCAAAGUAUUAAUAAAAGUUUUUGUUGAAUUGUCAAAGUAAUUAGGAAGUCCCAAUAAACUAACUCUAAAACUAAAAGUUGCAGGUAUCAAAUUCAAACCUUGCGUUUGUAAUUCAUCUGAUCGGUGAAAACAUUGUAAAGGCAAGUGGAGUUUUUAUGGGCUAUGGGUUGUUAUAACAAAAGUAUUGUUUGGAAAUGAAAGUGGCCUAAAACACUUGUAUUAUUGUCAAUGUGAAGACUGUUUUUAUUAGCAUUUUACAGUAUUAUUACCUAAAUUUUGUAUGUAUAACUUAUAGUUAUAGAUUACAGGGACCA